AUGCAAUAUCAUCUAUCGACUUUUGGAUCCUUGACAAAGGAAUUUGAAACAGGGUUAGUAGAAUUUGAUAUUCAGCUGGACGGUGGCGAGCUGAAGCCAGUAACAGCUCAUACUGUCAAAGAGAUCUUACCACCGUUACAUGCUAUUCGGAUGGAUUAUUCGCCGGAUAUGAAUGAACGCGACUCCGCUGCUAGAAACUACGUCUGCGCACUUGCGCAUCCUGAUAUUCGAAUUGGCAUCGACUAUCUGUGGGAUUUCUUAUUACCUCAACAAACUCAUCAGCUACCAAACGGAUUUACCAUAGCAGAGCCUACAGUUGGGCCACUUGUUUGCGGAAGAGGCGACCUGCGGCUUACAGAUCGCGAUCGCUCCGGCAACUCAGAGUGA